AUUGAGCUACUUUAGAGUAAGAUUGCCAAGAUGGGCCCUAAACUAAUCCCUUAGAUCACUCGGGAGUUUUAAAAAGUGUUAACCAACACCGAGGAAAAUACUUAACACAUAUCCAAAAAAAUGUUCCCAAGUGAUUUUUAAUUAACAUGUUUUGUUCUUGUGUCGUGUGAACGCCACGCAGCAUUAUUGCUGUAGCAACCUGUUUCUACAUGUUGUGAACUGGUUUUCCCUCUUCAUGGAAACAUAUACCACUGCAUGGACUGUAAAGAAAGUCUGUCUUAUUAUCAGUGAAAUCCUGUCUGUCAGAUCAAUAUUUAUCAGUUUCCGAGAGAAAUUGCAGCGGCAUCUCUUAUCUGUCAACCAGCUCUUCGCAUGGCAUGCUUAAACAACGCCAGUGAGGGUGGAGGUAUUUGCAUCCUUGUGCCACCCUGUUUACUACAAUAGGUCGUCUUACAAAUAGGGCUUCUUCUAAACCUCGAUUUUGUGUUUUUCCCCUGUCUUCACGGUUACCAAGUGAUUGUUUGUUUAAUCAAGACACAGAUUAGCCUUGCCAAACCUGUUAGCUUCUCCAAGCCCGUGAGAAAACAAACAGGAUGACACAUUGUAACCUUGCAAGACGGUAGCUGCGGAGGUCAGAAAACAAGUGUCGAGAGACUAUGGCUCCCCUCAGCUGACCAAGAAACGAGGAGGCGCGCACCACCCUUUGCCCUUGACGGAGGUGGUUGACCCUGUGGACUUUGAGGAGUAUGUGAGCAGUCACGCUCCUGGGGUGGAGUCUGGCCCCCUCAGACAGCUAAUGGAGUUCCCCCAGGAUGACAUGGAGCUCCUCCACCAGGACAAAGAGUGCAUUACGCUGGAGCCGCCACUGCCUGAAGAAGAGGAUUCACUGGAUCCCAGAGUGAGAGAUGCCUUGGCAGUCUACACAGAUGACUGGCUCAUCAUUCAAAGAAAAUAUCAACGCUACAGCACCAUGUUCACCCCUCACAGCUCUGAGCGACAGAGAGAGAGACAGCGAGGACUGGUCAAACAGACCUUUGAACUGGAUGAGGUGGCUGCUGCUGAGCGCCAGGACGACCAGGAAGACGCAAAGCGACGCUCAGUCAGCCUCGAUGAGACUCCUCGGGGAAGCUGGGCCUCCAGCAUCUUUGACCUGAAGAACUCCUCUCCAGACGCUCUCCUGCCGUCUGUGCUGGAACGUACAGCUCCAGAGGACAUGGACCGUCGCAAUACUGAGGCACGCCUGCAGGGGCGCCACAGUGACCUGCUGGGCCUGUACCCUCCCCCUGAUGAGGAUGAAGCAGUAGAAAGAUGCUCUGCCAUCGAAGUACCAAAGGAACACUGUGGCCAGAGGAUCAUGGUCAAGUGUUUGUCUCUGAAGUUUGAGAUAGAAAUUGAGCCAAUAUUUGGAACACUUGCCCUGUAUGACAUAAAGGAAAAGAAAAAGAUCUCUGAGAAUUUCUACUUCGAUCUGAACUCGGAUCAGAUGAAAGGGCUGCUUAAACCACACACACCUCACAUAGCCAUUUCCACAUUGGCCCGGUCUGCCAUUUUCUCCAUCACAUACCCUUCUGCCGAUAUCUUCUUGGUUAUUAAGCUUGAGAAAGUCCUUCAGCAGGGAGACAUUGGAGAAUGCUGCGAGCCCUACACAGUCAUGAAAGAGUCAGAUUCCUCCAAGCACAAGGAAAAGCUGGAGAAGCUGCGUCAACAGGCAGAGCAGUCAUGUUGUCGUCUCGGACGUUUUCGCAUGCCUUUUGCCUGGACAGCCAUCCACCUUCUCAACAUCGUGAGCAGCGUGGGAGGUCUGGAACGGUCGGACCCCGACUCCGACUCUGAGCGAAAAGGUCAUGGGACAUGGAAUGAGAGAAAGAAAAAGGGGUUUGAGCGGAUGAGUGUCGGGGAUGACAUCUGCAACUUUGCCACUUUCCGCCCCGCAACGUUGACCGUCACCAACUUCUUCAAACAGGAGGGGGACCGACUGAGCGAUGAGGACCUCUACAAAUUUCUGGCGGAUAUGCGCAGACCGUCCUCUGUUCUGCGGCGACUGAGGCCUGUUACAGCCCAGUUGAAGAUUGACAUCUCUCCAGCUCCGGACUCGCCACACUACUGUCUGUCGCCAGAGCUGCUUCACGUGAAGCCUUACCCGGACCCGCGUGUUCGCCCAACCAAGGAGGUGCUGGAGUUCCCUGCUCGCUAUGUCUACACACCACACACCACCUACAGGAACUUGCUCUAUGUUUACCCACAAAGUCUGAACUUCAACAGUCGCCAGGGCUCAGUGAGGAACAUUGCUGUGAAGGUUCAGUUCAUGGCAGGAGAGGACCCCAGUCAAGCUUUGCCGGUCAUCUUUGGGAAGUCAAGUUGUGCUGAGUUCAUGAAUGAGGCCUACACUCCUGUCAUCUACCAUAACAAGUCUCCUGAGUUUUAUGAGGAGAUGAAGAUGAAGAUUCCUGCCAAUCUGACAGACAACCACCAUCUGCUGUUCACCUUCUACCACAUCAGCUGCCAGCCCAAACAGAACACGCCUCUGGAGACCCCCGUGGGCUACACGUGGAUCCCUCUGAUGCAGCAUGGCCGACUACGCACCGGCUCCUUCAGUUUGCCCGUCUCAGUGGAAAAGCCUCCACCGAGCUACUCUGUACUCACCCCUGACGUUCAGCUCCCAGGCAUGAAGUGGGUGGAUAAUCACAAAGGGGUGUUCAAUGUCGAAGUGACAGCGGCCUCCUCGGUUCACACUCAGGACCCUCACCUGGAUAAGUUCUUCACUCUGGUUUAUGUUCUGGAGGAGUACUCCUUCCCCUUCCGCCUGAAGGAUGUUAUCAUUACUGAAGCAAACAUGGAAGGGGAGCUGAAGGCCAGCAUGGCUGCACUGAGAGGGGCUCUGCUGGAUACCUGUGUCAGGUUCCUGCACCAGCUGCUCAACAAGCUCAUUCAGCUCAUCGUCUACCCGCCGGUCAUUGCGGGCCAAAUCGUAAACCUGGGCCGGACUGCCUUUGAAGCUAUGGCUUUGCUGGUCAACCAGAUCCACAAGAACCUGGAAGGGAACCAGGACCAACACGGUCGUAACCACCUGUUGGCGUCAUACAUCCACUACUGCUUCCGCCUGCCAACCGCCGAGCCUGCAGUGCCCCCAACCGCUGGCUCACAGUCCUACGAGAUGCCUUUGCAGUACGCCACCAUAUCGAGAGCAACAGCCCGUCCAAGCAGCCUGCACUUGUCCCGCUCCAAGAGUAUCAGCAACUCCAACCCAGACUUGGCCAGCACACCAGUUUCUCCUGACGAAGAGGUGCAGAGGAUCAUAGGGAGCAAGGGCAUUGACCGCUCCCACUCCUGGGUAAACUCUGCUUAUGCCCCGGGGGGUUCCAGAUCUGUGCUACGCCGGAACCCCAACUCCAGCUGUGAGCUCAAGCAGGCAAACGACCGCAGCUGUAAUCGCAUGUCUGCCUUCCUGGACAGCGUGGCCUUGUUUUCAGUUCCCACAAGGCAGAUAGCCAAGAAGCUCCUCCACGAGGAGCUGGCAUUGCAGUGGGUGGUCAGCACCAGCACAGUGAGGGAAGCAGCGCUGCAGCAGGCCUGGUUUUUCUUCCAGCUCAUGACAAAGAGCAUGGCACAUCACUUAUUCCUGACCUCAAAACUGAACGUUCCCAGGCGUCAGCGUUUCCCAGACCGCUUUGUGGACGACAUCGCUGCACUCGUGUGUGCCAUCAGCGCAGACGUUGCCGGUCGAUACCACAAGGAUGUGGAGCUUGUGGAGAGAUUAAAUAGCAGUCUGGCUUUCUUCCUGAAUGACCUGCUGUCUCUCAUGGACCGGGGCUUUGUGUUCAACCUCAUCCGCUCCUACUACAAACAGAUUGCCAACAAGCUCCACACAGCGCAGAACCCCAGCUCUCUGAACGCCCUGAGGAUGGACUUCAUUCGUAUCGUCUGCAGCCACGAGCACUACGUCACCCUCAACCUGCCGUGCUCCACUCUAAGCCCUCCAGCCUCCCCAUCCCCCUCCACCUCCUCCACCACCUCGCAGAGUUCAGCGUUUUCCAGUAUGGUGCAAGAUCAGGGUGUGGCCACCAUGUUUGAGCUCUCCGUCCCUUUUCGCCAGCAGCACUUCCUGUCUGGCCUGCUGCUUACCGAGCUUUCUCUCAUCCUUGAUCCUGAUGGAGAAGGAGUUUUUUUCCUUCAUAAAAAGGCCAUUAGUGCCGUUCACUCCCUGUUGUGCAGCCAUGAUGUAGACCUUCGCUACACUGACCCUCAGGUCAGGGCCCAUGUGGCCCAGCUCUACCUGCCCCUCAUCGCCAUCGUCAUGGAGACAUUGCAACAGCUCCACGACUUCUCUGACUCCUCGCCUGCUCGGGUCCGCCAUGCCUCAGCCCACGCCGACGAUGCCGACCCAGACAGCGGCAAUACUAUCAGUCAGUCUGUUGCCAUGGCAAUUGCCGGCUCCCCUUUGCCGCAUGCCAAAGCCAACCCCUUCGCACUGCCCACAGUGCCUGGGCGCCAGUCCAGCUCUCUGUCUGCCGAAUGCAGCAGGACUCUGCUGGUGUGUUUCCUGUGGGUGCUGAAGAAUGCAGAUGCAGCUCUCCUGGAGCGCUGGGUGUCUGAUUUGUCUGUACUGCAAAUCAACCGCCUGUUGGAUCUGCUGCAUCUCUGUGUCUCCUGCUUUGAAUACAAGGGGAGAAAGACUCUGGAGAGGAUCAACAGCCUGACAUUCAAGAAGUCUCAGGACAUGAAGGCCCGGCUGGAGGAGGCCAUACUGGGCACCAUCGGAGCUCGUCAGGAGAUGGUUCGCCGCUGCAGAGAAAGGAGUCCCUAUGGCAGCCAGGAGAAUGUUCGGUGGAGGAAGAACGUCACUCACUGGAGGCAAAAUGCAGACAGAGUUGACAAGACUAAAGCUGAGGUGGAGCAGGAGUCUUUAGUGGAUGGAAACUUGGCUACUGAGGCGUCUCUGAUUGUACUGGAUACGCUGGAGAUUAUAGUGAAGACUGUGGUGGCAUCAGAGCUAAAGGAAAGUGUCCUCGGUGGAGUGCUGAGAGUCCUCCUUCACAGCAUGGCAGGCAACCAGAGCGCCCUCUUCCUGCAACACUGCUUCACUACACAAAGGGCUUUGGUCUUCAAGUUCCCAGAGAUGCUGUUCGAGGAGGACACCGAGCUUUGUGCUGACCUGUGCCUGCGUCUCCUGCGUCACUGCAGCAGCAGCGUUGGCUCUGUCAGAAGUCACGCCUCCGCCUCCCUUUACCUGCUCAUGAGGCAGAACUUUGAGAUUGGAAAUAACUUUGCUCGUGUGAAGAUGCAGGUGACCAUGUCCCUGUCAUCACUGGUGGGAACGUCGCAAAACUUCAACGAGGAGCAUCUUCGUCACUCACUCAAGACUAUCCUGACGUAUGCCGAAGAGGACGUGGAGCUGCGCGACACACCCUUCCCAGAGCAGGUCCAGGAUCUGGUAUUCAACCUGCACAUGAUUCUCACCGACACUGUUAAGAUGAAAGAGCAUCAGCAGGAUCCGGAGAUGCUCAUCGACUUAAUGUACAGGAUUGCAAAGGGCUACCAGAACUCCCCUGACCUGCGUCUGACGUGGCUCCAGAACAUGGCAGGAAAACACUGUGAGAGAGGGAACCAUGCCGAAGCCGCCCACUGUCUGGUCCACAGUGCAGCACUGGUGGCAGAAUACCUCAACAUGCUGGAGGAUUGCCGCUACCUGCCAAUAGGUUGUGUCACGUUUCAGAAUAUUUCAUCCAACGUAUUGGAGGAGUCGGCUGUGUCCGAUGACGUCUUGUCUCCUGAGGAGGAGGGGAUUUGUGCUGGGAAGUACUUCAGCGAGUCUGGCCUGGUGGGCCUCCUGGAGCAAGCAGCUGCCUCCUUUAACAUGGCUGCCAUGUACGAAGCCAUCAAUGAAGUGUACAAAAUUCUGCUGCCCAUCCACGAAGCCAACAGAGAUUUCAAAAAGCUGGCUACUGUCCACGGGAAGCUGCAGGAUGCCUUCAACAAAGUCUACAACCAAAGUUCAGGAUGGGAGAGAAUGUUUGGGACCUACUUCCGGGUGGGUUUCUAUGGCUGCCGCUUCGGAGACCUGGAUGAACAGGAGUUUGUCUACAAGGAGCCAUCAAUCACCAAACUGGCUGAGAUCUCUCACAGACUGGAGGAGUUCUACUCAGAGAGAUUUGGCGAUGAUGUGGUAGAAAUUAUCAAAGACUCCAACCCAGUGGACAAAAACAAACUGGAUCCCAACAAGGCCUACCUCCAGAUCACCUACGUUGAACCGUUCUUCGACACGUACGAGCUGAAAGAAAGGGUCACCUACUUUGACAAGAACUACAACCUGCGUACCUUCAUGUACUGCACCCCCUUCACCCUGGACGGCCGAGCCCACGGCGACCUGAACGAGCAGUACAAACGCAAAACCAUCCUGACGACAUCUCACGCCUUCCCUUACAUCAAGACGCGCAUCAAUGUUAUCCACAAGGAGGAGAUCAUCCUUGUCCCCAUCGAGGUGGCCAUUGAGGACAUGCAGAAGAAGACUCAGGAGCUUGCAUUCGCCACAAACCAAGAUCCUGCCGACUCCAAGAUGCUGCAGAUGGUUCUGCAGGGAUGUGUGGGCACCACUGUCAACCAGGGCCCCCUUGAGGUGGCGCAGGUCUUUCUUUCCGACAUUCCUGAUGAUCCAAAGCUGUUUCGCCAUCACAACAAAUUGCGCCUCUGCUUUAAAGACUUCACUAAGAGGUGUGAGGACGCCCUGAGGAAGAAUAAAGCCCUGAUCGGACCAGAUCAGAAAGAGUACCACAGAGAACUGGAGAGGAACUAUAAUAAACUGAAAGAAGCUCUGGGUCCUCUCAUCAACCGCAAGAUCCCCCAGCUAUACAGAGCCCUGCCAGCUCAGGCUACACAAACACAACGGAACUCCUACAGCAGGUCCAGUCUCCGCAAGGUCGACUGUUGAGGCACAGCAAACUGGAUAGCGACGUGGAAAGACAAGCUUUAGAAAUGAGCUUCAUCCCGCCUGUUUCACCCCCUCCCCCCUCCAACGUAUUGCACACCAACUGUCACAAGCACACACAUGCACCGUCCUCUUGCCCGUCUAGCUCGUUGUCUUACCCAACCCCCCCCCCAGCCACCCAGUCAUGCAAUAAUCCCCCCCACCACCACCACUUCCACCACACACACACAGACCCUCAUCACCUCUUCCCUGCUGAACCAUCUCCCCCGUCGCCACCACUCUCACACCUCCUUAGGAGAAAACCUCGGCUGUUUAUACUUCGAGGUUAUCCCCACUGUAAACAUUGUCAUAUGGAGCGAGGCUCUGACAUGUCAACGUUUUAAACCAAAAGUAAACCAGAAGUAGCCUCCUCACAGUCACCUCUCCGGGCUUGAUCUAGUUUUAACUUCUCACAGGACCACAGCUGCCAAACACCACUUUUAAACCAAAUUGUUCGUGAAUGUAUUUGUUUUCCUUUUGCCUCUGGUGUGUUUGCUUUUGAAGAGGCUGUAGUUUGUCUGUUUCGUGUCAUUUGUCGGUUUAAUUUCUAAAAGACUGUAAACCAUGCCUGGUGGUCACUGCCAGACUUGGUUAUUAAAUAGUCCCAGGGAGUUUUCUUUAGUUAUCAGCAGACCAAAUAACUGACAUUCCUUCAUUCUCAAGUUGUCACACUUUUUUUUAUCCUGCCUAUCCCUUGUUCUAAAAAUUCAUUACUGGAGGUGGAGAUGGGAUCACUCUGUCCAAGUGGAGGUUGGAGAAGGAAAUGGAUUAUUGUAGAAGGGGAACAGCAGGAUGUUUAAAUGUGUAUUUUAAACUGUGAAAUUUCCUUGUAAUGCACUGCAGUCACAUCAGAUGUUUAUCACAGAAGCACUGCCCUCGGCCAGGCCGUCCCCCUCACCCACAUGAAUGCGUUCAAACUGUGACAUUUACUCUGCAGAACAGUCUGAUAAUUUCAUACAUUUUUUGACUGCUUGGUAUCAGGCAAGUCCACGUUUGACUGUAUCUGAACUGCUGUGAGAAAGCACUCCAAAUGCCUUGUGUUUCUCUAACAUCAUGUUUAUAUAUUCAUUGUAGUUAUUUCCAACUACUGUAUUAUAUUGCACUAUUAAGCAAACUGCAGCACAUUAACACUGUAACUACUAAGAUAACAGAGCUUUUGUUAAUUUACAAGGCUGGAAACUGUUUUCUUUUUUUUUUUUUUUUACCAAUUAGAUAUUUUUUUUAAUUUAUUUACACUGUCUUUUCUUUUUUUACUGCUUUCUAUUAAAUUUAUCUUACUGCA